CCAGAUCAUGUUCAGCUGGUGCCCUGACCUGUCGUCAAGCCCUGGAUGACAGCUGGCCCCUAAGCUUCUAGAGCAGCAAUUCUCCCUGUGCUGUCUGUCCUUAGUUUGUAGGUUUAUCUGCACAAAGGGCUUCCCUAUGGGUCAGUGAUUCCCUGGCCAGAGACAGUGUUGCUGCAGGGCAGUGGGGAGGAGUGAGGAGCAGGCUUCAGGAUGAGAUUGCGCAAGAAGUGAUCAGAAGAGGCAGGAAUAACCUGAGGGCCCGAAGGCAUGGAGAUCAAGAAGAAGCAGCAGGAUGUGGUUAGAUUUCUGGAAGCCAACAAGAUAGAGUUUGAGGAGGUGGACAUCACCAUGUCGGAAGAACAGAGGCAGUGGAUGUACAAAAACAUUCCCCCUGAGAAGAAGCCUGCGCAGGGCAACCCCCUGCCACCUCAGAUAUUUAACGGCGACCGAUACUGUGGAGACUAUGACAGUUUUUUUGAAUCAAAGGAGAGCAACACAGUCUUUUCAUUUUUAGGCCUGAAGCCGCGGCCAGCAUCCACGGCCGAGCCUUAGACAUAAAGGGUGAAGGUGACGGAGUUGCAUUUGGAGCACCGUGGUACUCAGCACAUACCUGCUUACCUGAUGCAUCACUGUGACAAAGCCACACGCACAAUCAGCAACUUUGCUUGACCUGGAAACAGUGUUUUUGGAGGACGUGAGGAUGAUGGGGACUGCGUGAUUGUUCUAAGCUAAUCGGGGCUCUGGUGGUGGAGUUUCUUCUUUUCUCUUUUGCUUGCAGUUGCCUCACCUGAAAAUACCACCGCCUGUUAUCGUCUGCUUCCUUAAUGACUGAAGGCCAAUGGGGCAGCACCAUCGGGGAGAAGAUGUUGGAUCUGCCCUAAAUCUUACUAGACACCAGUACUGCAUAAAACCAUUCCUCUCUAAGCCACCUGCAUUGCAUCCUUGAAGCCAGUUUGCCAAGAUGGUAACGACUUUGAAUCAGAAAGGAGAAAAACAAUGCUGGUUGGCAAAGGACAUUGAGGGUUCUUCUUGCAGAAUCACAAAUGUCACCACUCUGGUACUUUGUAAUAACCUGCUGAAGAAGUUAGAUGCUCUCAACUCCUUUCUGUAAUGGGACCUCUCACCCGAUCAAUUCUGCAGGCUCCUACAGGUGCUUCCAGAACCGCCGCUGCAACAUUGCACUACUACAGCCAAGUUACAGGACAGAAAAGAAUUGCUUUCGGGGAAACAUCUCCUUCCUUAUCCCUCGCAAGGGGGACGUCUCACUGUAUGCAUAAGACUGCUUGAGAGAUGUAUUUUAAGAAGUAAAUUAAUAAGAAGUUUGCUCUGUCCAUAUGCAAAGGCAUUUUCAGCUCUUGUAGUUUACUUACACACACACACGCACGCACAUGUGCACAUAUAUUUUUAAAUGCAGCUUCCCUGAGUAACAGCUGCUUGUUCUAUUUUGUGAAGGGAUUAUAUUUUUGGAGAAAGGAAAUACUCGGUUAGAUAUAUUUUGUGAGCUGUUGAUGAAGUGCAUUGGAAGGCGCCAGUACUGCUGGGGCUGGGCUUAGCGGAAGAAGACUUGCAUAGCACACACAAGCUGCUGCCCUCAGCUCCAGCACCAUAGGAAACAGACACCAACACUGCUUACCAUUUAUUCUCUGUUCAUAUUCAGACCAGUUCACAGUCUCAGACUUUUCAGAAUAACACAAACACACAUUCUUGCUUCAUGUAUGAGAACAAGUGAGAUUUCAGAGAGCAUAGAGAGAAGGGGCUGUCUAGGGGGUCGUCCAUCGAUCUUGAGGAGCAAAAUCCCUGCUCCCUUUGGGCGGACACUGGUACACACUGAACAGCUCUAGUUCAUCAGGGCAGAGAUUAUCUUUCUACAUCCUGGCAUAUUUUAGAGUUAAUUACCAAACAUAGGGCCAGCCUUCAAUGGGAUAAACUCAGGGGUGACUGAAAUCUCCACCUACCCCUAGCAGCGUGAUGUGGGACCUUUCACUCUGACUGUGAAAAGGAAAUGUUUGAGAAAUUGAAAGAGCAGGCUAGCGGCUCUCUCUGCCCCCUGCACCAUGAGCUAGGAUACAUGUUCUGAGGCGUUUUUUUGAAUGCUAAAAUUGAGAUCCCAGCCUGAGAGUUGCAGACCUAUUACAGCUGGAAGACAGGACGGCUUUCUUCAUGAAUGGACCAAAUGCCUGACAUAAAAUUUUCUCUCCAGAGAAAGCUUGUCGAGUCAUGGAUAUUACUGGCUAGUUGGUAUUAAACAAUAUCCAGGUCAAACUCCAUUUGAUAAAUCCCAGGGACUUUUGUGUUUUGUUUUGUUUCCUUUCUCUUCUAACUGGAUGUCGUGCUUGAGUUUGUGAGUCUUCUGACGAGACACAUGUCCAUUUAAAAUAGAGCAAUUUUAAAGUUAUCUCAUGAAGUCAGCCCAGCUUACCUUGACUGAGUCUGUUCUUGCCAAUGAGUGCCAAGAACCCGUUUAGAAAAGUGAAGUCUUACCAUGUUUUGGAUUCUAGGAGCAUCACCAUACUUGGGAGACAGAAAGCUACCCAGAUGUGUCAGUAUACCUUUUUGAUUGGCCGUACCAUACCUGCUGUGGCCUUGUUAAAACACUGAGCAGACAGUAUGCUUAGAAUUGCUAUCACAGUUGCAUACCGUUUUCUUGCCAUGAUUCUUUUUGAACAAACACUGGAGAGUCAGCACCGAAAACAUGGGGUUAGUGGAUGUUCCUUCUUCCUGUGGCUAGAAAUCCACGGUAUGGAGUUGACCAUAGUUCCCAGGCAAUGGUGUGUGUAGAGCACACUGGGUCUUUACUGAGUGACGGACUGACUUUCCUCCUCCUGUCUUCCUUUCCCUCUUUCUAUUGCUUCUUGCUUGGGACAGUCUUGCUACGUAGACCUGGAACCUACUCCUUCUACCUCCCUAGUGCUAGGAUUGCGUACUUGGCUGAACUAGUGUUCUUAUUCCCUUUGGCUGCCUCUAGAUUUGGUCACCACCAUCUUCAAAGCCUAGGAGAGAGGUAAAGAAGUGCAGGCAAGGCUGUAAGGCCAACUUUCAAGGCAGACUGUUGACUUCCUUGUAGGACUAAGGAAAUGUGCUGCUGACACCAAAUGGUGCCAUUUAAGCCGUAGGUGAGUGUGGAAUGCCAUACUGCCAAGUGUCCGCAGACCAGAAGAAGAUUUAGUUCAGGAAAUAAUUUGCCAAUCCUGGGGGUUUACUAAAAUCUAAGAGGAGAAAAAGAAGACAUUUUGCCUGGAGAUGCUAAUACAUUUUGGGCUUGUUUUCUAUCUUGUAAAGUUAACCCAACAUUUUACUUUUAUAUUGUGUGAAUUUAACCAUAUAAAGAUUUUUUUCUUUUGUUACUGAAAGGUACCAAAGACUUUUUAUGUUUCAUUUGGUUUGUUUGAUUUUAUUGUGGGAUUUGUUUUUUUUUUUCUAGGAAUACUUUGAUAUAGAUUUGUCCCUAAGUGUCUGGGUCUACUUCAGUCUGUGUAAUUGUUUUCAUUUCAGUUUGUUUGUACCUGUCUCUCAAGGCAUUGGUGAAAUCUCAGAUUUUAUAGUCUUCAUUAAAGGAGAAUAAAUUCCAGAAAACAUGGCAUUCUGAAACUGGAGUUGUUUCUUCCUAUUCUCACUCCUUUUCCAGCUUUUAUUCUGGUGUUGGCUGGGUCCUGUUUCUCUAGGAAGCUGUUUCUGCUGCCAUCCAUGAAAGGGUUGGACUGUUAAAGUACAGAGCUCAUACAGCCACUCCCUUGAGAAGGAAUCCUGGGCACACUGGGAGACCAGCUAGGAGGCAAAGACCCCCACCCCACCCCAGGCAGCCCAGGGCUGAGGCAGGUCUUAGACACUUGUCUAGGUAUUCUGUGGUCUCCCAGGCACACUCAGUCUACUCUAGUGGUUUAUCUGAUAUUAUGCCGAAAAUACGAUAGGUGACCAUGACCCUCUCACUUGGGCUUCCUUUGAGCUGCAUUUGGAAGCAAAAGAAAACGUUUCUGAAGGAAAGCAGCGGCUGAGGCUGAACUCACCAAGAAACAAUUGCAGAACUUAUACACCAGGACAGAUGGAGGGUAGAGGAGGGGUCAAAGGCAACAAGUUCUAAGCGGGCAGAAAUGUGUCAGCUCAUGAAACCAAGUCAGCAAAUAACCCUGCCUGCCUGUGACCCAGAUUCCAGUGGGAGGGCUUCCCAGUUCUAGACACACAGGCGAGAUUAGCAUGGCUGUCUUUUCUGCCAGCUUGUAUAAGCCCUCACAAGGUGAUGGGUCCCAUCUGAGCAGGAGGAUGAGGGGAGCAAAAGAAAGCAGCCAACACAGCAGCAAUCAGUGGGAGGCCAGGUAAGUUGUCAGUACUCAAGGCUACAGCUCGUCUUCAGGGACGUUAAUGGUUGUUCCUUAUUAAAACCAUCCUGACUGUUUAGAUUUUAUACAUGCAGUGGACUACAUGCAUAUGUACACACAUAUCUACUGAAGUAUGAAAGUAAUAAUAAUAACCCCUGUAUGCCUGCUGCCUGCCUAUUGCCUUUUCCCCUAGGUACCCCUUGGGCCCCUCCCUGACCUUCUCUUUCUCCCUAUUGAGUAAAGGGAGCCUCACCUGUAUUUGUGUGAAUCGAAACCUUUCUACCCUUUAGAGUUUUGUCUCCAUGUAUGUAUCCAUAAAGAAUAAUAAACAGAGCUAAACCAGA